UUAUUUCAAAGACAAACCGGGAAAUACAUCAUAAAUUGUCAUCAUGUUUAUGUUUUUUUGCAAUAAAUGUUUUUUGCCAAAGAAUGUGGAAAAUACAAACAAAUACUAUUUUUCAAAUUGCGGUCACGUCUUUUGUCAGUCUUGCACGCCAACGGGGCUAUGUCACAUAUGCAAGACACCCUACGCAGCCAGGACAAUCGACGCCAAUAUGACCAAAUCUAUGGCCGUAUAUUUUGAGUCGCCCGUAAAUGCAUUUCGUCGAUUUCAAAAAAUCGUUCAAUUUCAAACCAUGCAGGAUGCGCUAAACGCACAUUACUACGUCAAUUGCUUACCACAGCAGAUCCAAGCUGCGCUAAAGAAACUAAAUGGUAUGAAGCGUAUCGAUGCACAUUUGAAUGAGAAAUUAGCACAUGAAACCACACGUAUUGAGAAACUGAAAGCUUAUUUAGCUUAUAAAAAGCGAAGUUUACAAGAGCGCAACCAAAGACAUCAACGUCCGGCACGCGGCCGCUCCGCAACAUCGACCACAUACAGCAGUGGUCGUAAUUCACGCCCUAAGACACCAACCAUAAGCACCCUAUCGGACGUAACAAUGCCCAGCGCCGAUUGCACCAAAAGUACAAAUUUAAGCAACCAAAGUGACUCAUUCUUAGAUCAUGUGCGGAAUGAUUUUACCAUAUAA